AUGAAAAGCCAUAUUAAUUCUCGCAGGAUCGUAUCCUCGCCGCCAUUCACCUUUUUGGUCGGCAAAGAUCACGCCAAACUGACCAUCCAGUCCGGCCUGGCCAGACAUGUCUCGAAGCCAUUAGACCACCUCAUGAACAAUGGGCAGACGCGCGAGUCAAAGCAUCGUAUCGCCGUGCUAGAGGACGAAGAGGUCGAGGUCUUUGCUGCUUUCACUCAGUAUGCAUAUACCGGCGAGUAUACGGUGCCGCAACCGAGUCCACAGAGCCAACCCCCGCAGCAGCAACAGCAGCAGAGGGAACCAAAAGAGCAAAAAGAGCAAAAGGACGAGCCUGAAGCGCCACCACCCUCGCUAAGACAUCUUGCUUUGCGCACUCAUUCCGUGGCUUCUUUUUUACCUCCCCCGGCGCCGACUCCUCCCCCCGCAGAACGAGGUGAUUUGAGAAGACUACCGCGACACGAGCAGCUCGGAUUGGACUGGGAAAAUCCCUUUGAAGAGGCUGUUGAGACGCAGAAUGAGCAGGUCACGCCAGAGGAACCAUCCCUGCUAGAUGAACAGGUCGAAAGACCUGUAUUCGGACCAAAACCGGAAGAACCAGAAGAGGAAGAACAAUCAUUCAACCAACCAUCAAGAAAGGCUAGCAAAAAGGACAAGAAGAAAAAGAAGAAAGGAGUCGCUGCCGCUGCCGCCCCAGAACCACCUCCAGUUGAGGAAGCAGCUCCAGUAGCAAACCUCACUCCACCGAGUACGCCGCCUUUUGAAAGCAAGGAUAUCGAGGAAGCCCCAACCCGGCCCCGGCUCCAAGUUGAACAGCAGAAUGACCCGGACAACGAUUGCGCUAUUGAGACGGACCCCGGAGAGGAUUUUCAGGAUGGCCCGUCUGGCGCUGACGCGGACUGGUGGGAUCGGCCUCUCUCGCCUGGCGCUGUGGAUGGCAGGGCUGGAGACCGUGAUGCUCGACGGCUGCAGCACUCGGCGCAAGCGCCAAUGAUUGACACCUCGUUCGCGACACAGCGAAUCUCGGCUCCACGGAGGAAGGGAAUUAGCUCGUGGGAGGAAUUCGCCUCGUUGGAAUACUUCCAUCGACCUCCCUCGCCACCGGCCGAACCCGAAGUAGAAGUGCCCUAUAUCCUCUUCCACGCCAAGGUCUAUGUGUUUGCAACACGCUACCUAAUCUCCGGCCUCGCUCAGCUGUGUCUAAAGAAGCUGCACCGUCAACUCCUCGACUACGCGCUGAUCCCUCCGUCUGAGAAUGACAUGGGAGACCUGGAUGAAAUCGAGGCGAACCAGUUCGAUGCCCAUGCCCGUAUGUUCCUGGAGGUUCUCAGGUAUACGUACCACAAGACCAACAGAUUCGAGCCCGAGAGCCAGACCUCGGCGACACUGCUCCGCGAAAGCGAGCUGCGCAAAUUGGUCGCCCAGUAUGCCGCGUGCAAGAUGCGCGAGCUCGCCUUUUAUGUUCCUGCGUCUAUUCGGGUGCCGUCUUCGCCCACUCAUGGUCCCGGAUCUGGGGUCAGUGUCAUAGCCGGGCCCGGUGGAGGACUGAGAGAGCUUUUGGAUAGUAUACCAGAACUUGCCUCUGAUUUGGUGUUCCGUAUGAUGUAA